AGGCUCCAGCAAGCCUUCCACCUGCUAGCAUUCGCUUUCACACUUGCUGUGGGACCACCAGCCUCGUCUCCUUCCAAAUGGACCCCAACUGCUCCUGCGCCACUGGUGGCUCCUGUGGCUGCUCUGACUCCUGCAAGUUCAAAGACUGUAGAAGCACAUCCUGCAAAAAGAGCUGCUGCUCCUGUUGCCCUGGGGGCUGUGCCAAAUGUGCCCAGGGCUGCAUCUACAAAGGGGCAUCGGACAAGUGCAGCUGCUGCGCCUGAUGGGAAAGCCGAUGUGAAUAGACUGGCCUGUCCAAAGCCGAAAAUUCUCUCUCAAACGACCCUCACGUCUUUGCUACCUCCUUUUAAUUUCUACAAAAUAUA